AAACUUUGUUUUAUAGAAAAUCCAUGCAGUCCAAAUCCUUGUAAAAAGAAUAGAGUCUGUUACGUUAAUGAUGACAAAGCUAUAUGUAUAUGCCCAUUUGGAUUUAUUGGAGAAAAAUGUGAUACAACUUUAAUACUAUGUCCUUCUCCAAAUGUAUGUAAAAAUGGUGGAACUUGUUAUUUGAUGAAGAAUAAUUCCAUAUGUAAAUGUACAGAUCAAUAUUUUGGGGAUUCGUGUCAAGAUUAUAACUAUUGUGAACCGAAUUUAUGCAAAUAUGAUGGAACCUGUUCUUCUUUAAAUGGUGGUUUUCAAUGUUUGCAGGAAGAGUACGAUGAGAAUAAAAAUGAAAAUUCAGUAUACUUUAAUGAGACUGUUACUCGGUACACAAAUGCAACCUUUAAUGUUUUCUUUGAUCAAUUUGUUAUAUCUUUUGAUAUAUUGCUAACUACAAACAACAUUUAUAUCUUGACAUUUGAACAAGAUUCAACUACUUUUCUUUCUUUUAUUGAAAUGGGUAUAAUAUAUCUUGUAAUUGAUGGUUUCAAAAAUAAAGUCCAAAUAAAUAUAUCAACCUAUGCAUGGAAUUCACUUAAACUGACUCAACAUUAUAGUAGCAGCGAUAACACUUAUAAUACAAGUUUGUACCUAAACGGAACUCUUAUAUCUUCAUUUAGUAAUUUGCAGCCAAAAGUAUUUACUGAUAUAACCUUGCAUGUUUUUAAAAAUUGUUAUAACAAUGUCUGUACAUUUGGAUCAAUUAAGAAUUUAAAUAUUAUAAGUAAAACUCAAGUAUUUUGGUCACAAUGGAGUGAGUGGUCAAGCUGCAAUGCAUCAGUUGUAAAAAGAACCCGCAUUUGCAACAGUAACCAAUGGUUAAAUUGCACUGGUGACAGUAAUGAGGCACAUUCAUGUAGUAAUGAUUUAUGUCAAGAGUCUUGGGCGCAAUGGGGCGACUGGUCAAGUUGUAAUGAUUUUAAUGGAAAAGUUUCCAUGAACAGAUCAAGAGAGUGUAAUGAUUUAAAUUUUAUAGACUGUUGUUCUGGCAGCAGAUUCGAUGUUCAAACAUGCUAUGAGUGGUCAACAUGGAGUGAUUGCUCUUCAACAUGUGGAGAUGGGUAUAGAACAAAAAGUUCUUUAGAUAAAGGAAUCAAUGGUGUUACAAAAACAGAAUAUUGCAAAAUAAUAAACUGCCCUGUGGAUGGAUUGUGGGGUGAUUGGAAUAGCUCUUUAUGUUCAACAACUUGUGGCAGUGGGAAAAUAUAUUACAAAAGAGGUUGUGACAAACCCCCUGCACAUAAUGGUAAAAGUUGCAUUGGUGUUAACUAUUAUAUUGAAGACUGCUCGCAUGAAAAAAUAUGUCCAGUUGAUGGUUUUUGGUAUAACUGGUCAUUAUGGUCAUUAUGCAAUCAGCCAUGUAGAGGUGGUUUUAUGUCAAGGUUUCGUAGAUGCUCUACUACAAAAUUUGGUGGUCAGUACUGUAAAGAAAACAGCAUUGAGUUAGUUGAUUGUCCAUCUAGACCUUGCAAAAAAGUUGAUCUAAAUCUGCUAGUUUAUUUUGUUGACGUGCAAUAUCAAUCUGAUUAUUUUAAUUCUACCACUUUUGCUUCCUCAAAUCUUAGGAAGAUUAUAAGAAAUGCGAUAGCCAACCUUUACAGCAGUUUUGAUAAAAAUAUAACUUUUAAUGUCGAGUUGCAUUCUAUGAGCAUUCUUUGAAACGAUAGCGACCGAUGAAAAUGUUUCGAGGUUUAUUUUAAACGAACUUUAUUCCACUAUAUAUACUAGACCUAUAUAAUUUUUGUUAUAAGGUAGGAAUGCACUUUACUUAAAAUGUAUGUUUAAAAAAAAAAUUUAAAUAAAUGUUUGUUUACAAAUUUAA